AUGGCGGUGGUGAAAAUCGAAGAUUUCGAUGAGCGCACUGCUUUUCUAGGAGACUACGGCCACUUUCAGAUCCUCAUUAUAGUUCUGCUAAGCUUAAGUGUAGCCUCGUGUGGGUACAUGGGAGUGAUUGUAGUUUUUGUAUCGGAUACACCCGAUCAUCACUGCAAAGUAUCGAUCAACUUCACGCGCAACGGCACAGGUGUUGAGCGCGCGAGUAGCUGGAUCGGACCUGACGGCUGUUCCCGGUACAAAGUAACCGGAAAUGAGACAGAGCGAUGUGUGGACGGGUGGGAGUUCAGCACGGAGAGAUACAGCUCUACUAUCGUGUCUGAGUGGGAUCUGGUGUGUGAAAAUGCCUGGAAGGUCCCCUUUUCCACCUCCUUAUUCUUUGUAGGAGUGCUGAUCGGAUCCCUCACAAGUGGUCAUUUAUCAGACAGGUUUGGCAGGAAGCCGGUGUUUUUUGUCGCCUUGUUCCUACACGCAGUCGCCAUCCUGAUCCAGGCCACCUCCAUUGACUGGGUGAUGUUCUGCAUUCUCAGCUGUGUGAGAGGAAUCAGCCAGAUAUCCAUUUAUGUCACGUCAAUAGUACUGGGCUCGGAGAUGCUGAGCCAGUCCGCUCGACUCAGCUACACUGUGAUGGGCCACAGUGUAGCUUUCGGCCUCGGGUACGCCUUACUGCCACUCGUUGCUUACUUCACACGGGGCUGGAGAAUGCUGCUGGUUGCUGGUGCUAUCCCCAGCCUCUUAUUUCUUCCAGCCUGGUGGGUGAUUCCCGAGUCUCCACGCUGGCUCUUGCAGAAAGGUCGGGUGAAGGAGGCUGAACUUGUGAUACGUAAUGCUGCCAAGAAGAACAGAGUCUCUGCCCCUGAGGUCAUAUUCACAGCUGGGGAGUGCUUGGAGCUGAACAGUGAAGAGGAGCAUACAUACACAUAUCUGGACCUGAUACGGACCCCUAAUAUGAGGAAUAUUACAAUUCUAGGUGUUAUCAUAUGGUUCUUAGUCACCAUGGUCUACUUCGGCAUCUCUCUCAAUACGAGUAACCUACAUGGAAACAUCUACCUCAACUGCUUCUUCUCAGCAACCAUUGAAAUCGUGGCAUCAGUGGCCACAUGGCUGCUGGUGGCUCAUGUGCCUCGACCCACCCUCGUCUCCUCUGCGAUGAUAUUCUGUGGCAUCCUGCUUCUGAUCAUUCAGCUGGUUCCUGAAGACCUGCCUGUCAUGUUCCAAGUGUUGGCAUUGGUGGGAAAGAUGGGUGUGUCUGGCGCAUACACCUUCAUUUUUGUGAUUUUCACUGAGCUGCUCCCGACCGUGGUUAGAAACAUGGGCUUAGGGGUUGUAUCCACCGCUGCACGCAUAGGCUCCAUAAUUUGUCCUUUUGUUAUCUAUGCAGGUGUUUACAACAAGAUCCUGCCAUACAUUAUCUUUGGCACAAUCAGCCUCAUGGCUGCUGCUUUUAGCAUGCUGCUACCAGACACCAGAAACAGCAGACUUCCAGACCUGAUCUGCCAGGCCAAACCAAUCAGAAGGUAUGGCAUACUUCAGCUGUCUGAAGGAAACGGCUUCAGUCCAGUUAGACACAACGGCUGCAAAUAG